GCUGUGGGGGCAGAAGGCCGUCGGGGCUGCUCUUGUCCGCGCUUUGCUCUGGUCGGUGGCCGCGUGUCUGCUUCAAUGUUACCGGAGGAGAGGAAAACCUGCAGUUACCUCACUAACAGUCAGUGAAUCUGAUGGUUAAUCCGGACUGUGGUCAGAGUAUGUCCAGUGAGUCUGAGCAGCCGCCAGACCACGAUAGUGGGGCAUCGUCAGGAAACCUCUUCCACGGCUUUACCAACUCGGGUCAGUUCCUGUACAGCGCGGCUGGGGCUCGGGCCUGCGACGGUCCGGACACCAGAAGCAGGAGGCGGAAGAAGACGAGCCGGAAGCACACGCGUGUGCAGGAACGUCUGGUUUACCUGGAACGCCAGGGGAUCCUGAGGAGGACAGAGCACCGAGGGAGAGCGGGAGCAUCUAGUCAUCAAGCUGGUGUCAGCCAGACAGACAGCAUGGAGCAGCCAGGAAAAGCUGGGAGUUCCGACGAGAACGGGACAGGUUCCACUGACACUGUAAGCUUUCGACUCCCAGUCUGCCCCAGUCCCGUGGUCACUGUCCCUAAGGAGCCAGCAACGACCAAGCUCCUUACCCGCGCCCCCAGCUCGCUCUCAGGACGUCCAGAGCCCCACAAGCUGGUGGCCAUUGACUGUGAGAUGGUGGGCACGGGCCCUGGCGGGCGCCUGGGGGAGCUGGCCAGAUGUAGUGUGGUCAACUACAGUGGGGACGUGAUAUACGACAAGUACGUCAAACCCCAACUUCCCAUCGUGGAUUACAGGACCCGGUGGAGUGGUAUCCGCAAGGAGCACAUGGAGAACGCCAUCCCGUUCAGCCUCGCACACAGAGAGGUACUAAAGAUCCUGAAGGGGAAGGUGGUGGUGGGCCACGCGCUGCACAAUGACUUCAAGGCGCUGCGGUAUUUCCACCCGCGAGCUCUGACCAGAGACACCAGCAAGAUAACCAAUUUCAAAAGCAUCACUGGCAUCACGGGGCACGUGACAGCCUCACUCCGCACGCUCACCAAACUGCUCCUGCACAGAGACAUUCAGGUGGGCAGAAAGGGUCACUCGUCAGUGGAGGAUGCCGGUGCCUCAAUGGAGCUGUACCGAUUGGUGGAGGUCGAGUGGGAGGGGAACGUGUGCGGUCAGCAGGCCCUGCCUCCCGAGACCAGCCCAGGGAUUGACCGCUAUAUGGACGACUGCUAUUGGCCUAAGGAUCUGAGGGAGGACAGUAAAUGAGCAGAGACCAGAAGAGAGAGGCUGAUGCUAACGGGAAUGGAAUACAGGAUGUCACAGCCCCGUGUGUUGCGAUGUUAUUGUCCCUUUUUUUGUGGAGGGAGAGGAUCUCGCUUGGCCCACAGAUAGUCUGUCUCUCGGCAAGACCAGCCCCAAUCCCAGGGCUCCCCCUUCCCCCCCCCCACCAGAUGUGUUCAGUACCUAUGUCAGAGACGUGGUCUGGGGUGAGGGGCGCUAUGUAAAUGCAAGUUGUUGUUGUGAAAUUAGUUCCAGGCUGUAGUCAAUCCAGCUGUCAGCGGGUGGACAUGAUGCUCCCAGCACAUAACGCUCAGAAUCCAACACUAAAUCAGUGCGAUCACGUCAAUAAGAGAGGGUGGGGGUGUGGGGGGAGGGUCAUCAGAGACAAAUGGCAAACAGCUCCAGCGGUUGGGGGUGGGGGGGGCGCCACUGUGCACAAUUGGCCGUCCCGUUUCGCCCACAAAAUACACACACUGCUAAGAAUGGGGAGGAAUGGUGCUGAGGCCGAAUGGAAGAAGCUUCACUCUGUGUCUGUCUCUGCCAUCGCUGACCUUGCAGUGCUUGGUGCUGAUUCUGACGGUGUGUAUAGGCCGCGGAGCCUGAAAGCAGAGCCUGAAAGCAAACAGUCUGCAGACGAACCGUGUGCCGCUGUUAGAGGCAAAAUACAGGGUGUGUGGUGUGAUAACUGUCACGUACCACAUUCCCACCCAUUGGUCGCUCCUCUGGUGAUACCCGCUGAUGGAUAAUGGUGCUAAUAGGUCAAACACUGACUACGUUUCUGUCUAAUUCCCAAUGUUACGGAGAAGGCUA